AACACAACAAAAUUCGUUCCUCGAUUCCAAAUUCAAAUAUUCAAAAAUCACAAAAUUAAAAAAUCAACAAAAACUCAAAAAUCCGAAACCUAAAAAAUCAAAAACUCAAAAAUUCCAAAAUCUUUUGCUGUGUUUGUGGACAAUGGCUUUUCAUUUUAGUGCUAAUCAGGCGCCAGGACUCUGCAAUUGGGAGUAUCCACGCUUUGCACCGCCACGGCCCAGGCGAUACCUGAAGAAAGCCACGCCCAUUGUGGACAAUAGUGGUCACCUGCUGCCCACCGCCCGAAGGGACGGCAACUCCUUUGGACGAUAUCGUGGCACCUACGAGCUACCGCUGAAGAUAACGCGCAGCUUUUGCGGCCACUAUGACGCCUGCUUGAGCGGACGCUACAAGUUCCGCGACUUUCCACGGGAUCUGUGCAACUGCCAGCGGGAGAACCGUCGCGCCUUGGCCUGCGACAAGCGGGUGACACUGGGCGUUAGCGGGGAUCCGUAUUGGGCGCGUCCCAAGUGCCAGUCCAAGUGCGAGGGCAUCCAGCAGAUCAAGGAGCUCCAUCAGCUGAGUGUUCGCUGCAAGCGUGCCAUUUGUCCCAUCAAGAGCCCCAGAACGGUUUGCGUGCCAGCCAAGUCGCGGAUAACCUGCGUCAAGGUGGAUAGAUCACGCAAGCGAACCAUCACGGCCUUCGCUGCGAAUCGUGAGCCCAGCAAGGCGACCAAAGAAGAAGCAAAGACCAAAGCCCCCAAGCAGCCAAAGAAAUAGAAGCAGUUAAAGAUGAAGCAGAUACAG